GGCCGUGCGGAAGACCCAGCCCAACUCUGGCUGGGCGUGAGGCGACGGGGAGUUUCUGGAAUUAUGGCGAGGUCUGCGGCGGGGCAGGAUCCCGAGAGCACGGCCGCAGUCACUGUGCUAAAGCGGGCGGUGGAACUAGACUCGGAGUCCCGGUACCCGCAGGCUCUGGUGUGUUACCAGGAGGGGAUUGACCUGCUCCUGCAGGUUCUGAAAGGCACCAAAGAUGAUACAAAGAAAUCUAAUCUCAGAAAAAGAAUUUCUGACUACAUGGAUAGAGCAGAAAACAUAAAGAAAUACUUGGAUCAAGAAAAAGAAGAUGGAAAAUAUCACAAGCAAAUUAAAAUAGAAGAGAAUGCAACAGGUUUCAGUUAUGAGUCACUUUUUCAAGAAUACCUUAAUGAAACAGUUACAGAAGUUUGGAUAGAAGAUCCUUAUAUUAGACAUACUCAUCAGCUGUAUAACUUUCUUCGAUUUUGUGAGAUGCUUAUUAAGAAACCAUGUAAAGUAAAAACUAUUCAUCUUCUCACCUCUCUGGAGGAAGGCAGUGGGAGAGAGCAGCAAAGUAGUGGCCUGAGAGAAAUAAAAGAGUCACUCAGGAAUCAUGGAGUGCUGUUGGAAUUAGAAUACUCUUCUUCAAUACAUGACCGAGAAAUUAGGUUCAACAAUGGAUGGAUGAUUAAGAUUGGAAGGGGACUUGAUUAUUUUAAGAAACCACAGAGUCGUUUUUCCCUUGGAUAUUGUGAUUUUGAUUUAAGACCAUGUCAUGAAACAACAGUGGACAUUUUUCAUAACAAGCACACAAAGAAAAUAUGAUGGGUAGUAGCCUAAUUUCCAUUAUAUAGUUCUAUUUUAAGUGAACAUGAGAUUUUUUUUUACUUUGGACAGAUCAUUUCUAUAAUGUAUGAAUUUAACAAUAAACUUUUACAUUUCUACUAA